AUGGCUGAUGAAAAAGUAUUACUCGAAGCUUUAUCUUCUUCUGAUUUUAAAGUCUCAAUUCAUGAUAUGAAACAAGUUGAUGCACAUGAAACAGAAGCUGCUGAAGAAACUAGAAAACAAUUUGGAGAAGACCCACUUCCAAGUGCAACAUCUGAUGAUAAAAAUAAAGAUACAAAAUCAUUACUUUCAAUAGUAAAAGCCAUGUCUACUAGUCAACGUCAGAAAGUUAUUGAAGAACUCAAACAAAAAGGUUUAGGUGAUCCAUUAACAAAAGAAAAACUCGUUCAGAAUGCUUUUACUGUUGAACAAACAAUACGUGGCAAUGCUACAAAUUAA